GUCGUUGUGAGCCAGUGAACAGCCGAACAAAGACCGCUGGGUUCUUCUCUGGGCUGGAAUCGAGGCGAUCCGUUGCAUCUAUUCCAACAUGCUCCCUCCCAUUAGCCCCAACGUCCUUGAAAACAAUCCUAAGUUCAAGGCCUUGUACACGAAUCUUGCAGGCUCGAGGUUGAAUGCCGAUGGGUCAACACGUCUCAUCAAGCAGCAGAGGGCGCAAGCCGAAUUAGAGAAGCAACUUGUCACCGCGCGGCGGGAUGCAGCCCAACGCACACUCCUCAAGGAUGCUCUUCGAGCCGUAAGCCUACGUAUGAAUGAUCUUCCUCCGGAGUUGAUCGAAACCUGCCACAUCAUCUCUGCACAGCUAGAGGAUGCGCUGUCACCGUCUGAUUUAGAUAUUCUGACCGAUGACAUUGAUUAUUUUGUGUCGCACAUUAAACCAGUUGCAUCCGAAGUAUCGAAGCAACUGGAGGAUUCAGCACUUCUUCUUGCCAAACUGGCUCUCGCAGACGUGAACAUCUCUCAAGAUGCACAAGCUCUUUCUCAACUCACUACUCACGCUUCGGCCCUUCAAGAGACUAUUGCGAACCAGACUGCGAGCAUAUCACUUACGAGGACCCGAAUCACAGAGCUAGGCGACCAGAUCCAUGCGGCAUACCGCGAUCUGUUUGAAACCUCCAUUCGAAUCAUCGAACAAACGAUCCAUGGAAGUAUCUCUCGUGGUACGAAGGCGAAAGCAGAGCACCUUGCUGUUGUCGCCAAGGGAAUGGAGCUCAAGCUGCAAAUAUUAGCCCAAACAGACUCCAUACUCACAGAUCCCGCUCUGCAAUCUGACUUGGAGGAAUACAAGUCACGUCUGGAAAAUGCGGAUGCUGAUCUUUCGUCACGUGCAGCUGCAGCUGAAAAAGCACUUUCAGAAUAUGAGAGAGCUGGAAAGGGCAUGACUGAAAUUGCCAAACGAUAUGCGGACUUGAUGAAAGCAUGCGACGGAGUUCGAGAUGAGAUUCAGAAACUGGAGUCAAGAAGCUCGGACGUGGACUGAACAGCACCUGAAAAUUCUUCAUUACCGAGCUUCCCUUCCCCCACUUGUCAUGGCAUAAAAGGUCUUCUACGGUAUUAAAAGGGGGCGCCAUAACGUUAAUCAAUGGAAUAUUCCGAAGCAACGCU